AACACAUUGUUGUUUGUCCAUAGUAUGUACUCUCUGCGUUUAAGUGCGUCCUUAAUUUAGUGUUACCUUUUUAAACAAAAAAUAGGUCUUGUUUUAAACAAAGCUUCAUUUUUUCAUUCGUUUUUAAAAAUAAGAACUUGAAAUCAAAUUAAGUUUGAUUUGACAAAUCAAAGCAAAAUGUCUAAAUCUUUAAUAGUUCUAUAUUUUUUGACCUUCAUAUGUACCGUAUCAUCGAAAUGCAGUAAAAACUACUGGGAAUGUGAAAGUACCAAAUGUAUUCGAGAUUACCUGCGAUGUGACGGAGAUGACGAUUGCGGAGAUGGAAGCGAUGAGGUCAAUUGUACGUUUUGUUCAAUCCUUAGUUGGCAAUGUAAUAAUAAACAAUGUAUACAAAAAUCCUUCAAAUGUGACGGUAAAGAGGAUUGUAUAGACAACAGUGAUGAAGAGAACUGCCCAAAGUGUUUACAAUCUGAAUGGAAAUGUUCUGAUCAGAAAUGCAUUAAGUUGAUUAACAGAUGUGAUGGAGAAAAGCAUUGUAAAGAUAAAGGCGAUGAAAAGAACUGUGGAAACUGUACAUUGGAUGCCUGGAAAUGUAAAAAUAAGGAAUGCAUUAAACUGAACAAGAGAUGUGAUGGAAUAAUAGACUGCAGUGAUAACAGUGAUGAAAUCGAUUGUGAUAACUGCACAUCUUCAGCCUGGAGCUGUAAUGAUGGCUGGUGCAUUGAAAAACAAUUAAGAUGUGAUGGAGAAAAAGAUUGUGAUGAUAAUAGUGAUGAACUUAAUUGCACUUGCCCAGCCUUUCAUUAUCAAUGUUGGAAUAAUGUAUGCGUUCUUGAAAGCUCUAGAUGUGAUGGUUACUUCGAUUGUCGCGAUAACUCAGAUGAAAUGAAUUGUACUUGCCCAGCAUUUCACUGGAAAUGUGGUGAUAAUGUUUGUGUCGAUGAAAGCCGAAGAUGUAAUGGAUAUAGUGAUUGUCGUGACAAUUCAGAUGAAAGGAACUGCAUUAACUGCACGGCUUCUGGCUGGAGAUGUAAUGAUGGCUCAUGCAUACAAACAGGUGGCAGGUGUGAUGCAUUUACUGACUGCAGUGACGCAAGCGAUGAAGUAAAUUGCGGUUGUUUAGCUCACCAGUUUCAAUGCGGAAAUAAUAUUUGUAUACUUCAAACCCAAAGAUGUGAUGGAAGCAUUAAUUGUCUUGACAGCUCAGACGAAAUGAACUGUAGUUGCCCAGAUUUUUACUGGAAGUGUGGGGAUAAUAUCUGUGUGCAUGAAAACAAUCAAUGUGAUGGAAUCAAUGAUUGUUUGGACAAGUCAGAUGAAAGGAACUGUACAAACUGCAAAUCAUCAGGCUGGAGAUGUAACGAUGGAACGUGUAUUGAAAACAUAUUUAGAUGUGAUGGGGACGUACAUUGUAGAGACAAAAGCGAUGAAAUGAAUUGCAGUAACUGUAAUGAAUUUGCUUGGAAAUGUAAAAAUAAUCAAUGUAUACUAAAGUAUCAAUAUUGUGAUGGAGAAGAUAAUUGUGAUGACAGAAGUGACGAAACAAGCUGCAGCUGUCCUGAAUCACAAUUGAAAUGUGAUCGUCGAAAUUGUAUCCCUCAAAGUCAUAUAUGUGAUGGAGUGCAAGAUUGCAUUGAUAAAAGUGAUGAACAAAAUUGUAGCUGUCCUGAAUCACAAUGGAAAUGUGAUCGUCGAAAUUGUAUCCCUCGAAGUCAUAUAUGUGACGGAGUGCAAGAUUGCAUUGAUAAAAGUGAUGAACAAAAUUGUAACAAACUGUGUAACCCAUCAGAGUGGAGAUGUCAAACUGGUCAGUGUAUUCAAAUAGGACUUUGGUGUGAUGGAUCGUAUCAUUGCACAGAUGGAAGCGAUGAAAAAUAUUGUGUUUCUGUUCCAGAAAAACUCAACAUUGUAAUCAUGCUUGAAGCCAAAGAUAGUGACUAUAUUAAAUCAUUUAUUAAGGACUUAUUAAGAGAUGUUACUAUUGAUGGCAAAAACAUUAGAGUUGGCAUUGUGGUUUAUAGUGAGAAUGCUUCAAUCGUUGUCAAUCUCACUGCCUCUCAUAAAGCUGACAUACUUCAAGCUGUGAAUAAAAUUAAAUGGAUUACAUCUCACAAUGCCAAUUACGAAGAUGCCUUUAAUUGCACUCAUUCGAUGGUCACAUCUUUUGAUGAAAGUAAAAAUUUUGAGACUAUAGUGGUCUUUGUGACGUUUACCUUACAAGAGGCCAAUUACAGAAGUGCAGCAAAGGGAGCUAAGUUUGCUAAAAAAAAUGGAAUGCACAUAAUAGCUAUUGGAGUUAGUUUAAUAAAUAAUACAUUUUUAGACUUGAUAGCAAGUCAUCCAACAGAGGACAACAUUUAUGUUGUGAAAUAUUUUCAAGAUUUAAAUACAAUACAACCUCAACUAAUAUCAAAAUUAUCCCAGUUAAAAAAAGAUAUUCCACAAACCACUAUGACAUCAACUGCUAAAUAUAACGAAACUAAAUUCGCUACCAGUGCGUCUAGUAUGGAAAAGUAUGUAGAGCUUAUAGCUGGCUUGGUUGCAAUGAUCAUUGUGGUGGUAAUCAUUCUGGUUUUCAUGUUGAAACUUAGAGACAAGCUCUGGUGUUUUUCAAGGCACUUAAGAACAUCAACCAGAAAAAGUAUGUUAAGUUUAUAA